AUGCCGCCAGCGCAGAUCAAAUCCGACAUCAAUCGAUCAGGAUGGGAGGCCACGGACUUCCCAUCGGUUUGUGAAAACUGCCUCCCCGAAAACCCUUACGUUCGAAUGCUCAAAGAAGACUACGGUGCCGAGUGUAAGCUUUGCACACGACCAUUUACAGUCUUCAGCUGGCCAGCUAGCCGUGCCCACGGACGGAAGAAGCGCACCACGAUCUGCUUGACUUGUGCGCGAUUAAAAAACUGCUGCCAAUCAUGCACCCUUGACCUUUCGUUUGGCCUUCCGAUAGCCGUGCGUGAUGCCGCCUUAAAAAUGGUUGCCCCUGGGCCUUCUUCGGAAAUCAACAGAGAAUACUUUGCGCAGAACAAUGGCGAGGCUAUUGAGAAAGGUCUUCUUGGGACAGAAGAGUACGAACAGACAGACGACAAGGCCAGAGAGCUACUUCAGCGUCUUGCGCAGAGUAAGCCCUACUUUCGGAAAGGUCGGCAAGUCGAUGAGGGCGGCAAACCACUGUCCCACACGACGCACGGCGCGCAGAAGCGACUUGGCGCCCCUGGGGGUGGCUCUCUGUCGGCUCCGUCGGCAACGGGAGGCGAUGUGGCCACUGGUGCAGGCGCUGGUGGACCUCGUCCAAUCCGGACCCGGGACUCAAGAGCGGCGCAGGCAGCGGGGGCAGGUCCUGGACGUUCAGCUACCGGUUCCCGAAAGGGACCAGCAUCACUACCUCCACCAGGUCCCAAGGACUGGCUGCCACCAGCCGAUGAAAGCAUUAUGUCCCUUUUUGUGACUGGUGUUGAGGAUGAUCUGCCUGAAUAUAAGAUCCGGGACCAUUUUAAAGUACAUGGCAAAAUUCGGUCUCUUAUCUGCUCGCACAUGUCGCAUUGCGCAUUCAUCAAUUACGACAGCAGGGAAGCGGCCGAGAAAGCAUCUGCAGCAUGCCGGGGGCGCACAGUGAUUGCGGGCUGUCCCUUGAGAGUACGGUGGGGUCAGUCUCGCCCAGUUGGACUGAUGAACCGCGAAGAGCGGGUAGAAAUGAUCCGAGACGGCCGCUCCGCAUUCCCGGAGCUUCACAGGAAGCAAAGCGGGUAG